AUGUUUGAUAGUUAAAAUAGUAACUCGGCAAAACUGACAGAACAAAUCAAAUAGCAAUAAAGCUAUAAGAUUAGAGAGUUUGAAUGGUUUGAAGUAGAAACCAAAAUUAGGUUGUUUGUUCAGAAAUUAAUGGAACCAACAUUAAAAUAAAUGCAUGAAGAUCGAAUGAUCGUGGAUGAGUUACAAUAAAAUCUAAAGACCAAUAACAAGGAGGUUACUUAUUUAAGAGACAUCGUCUUAAAUCAGGGAGCUGGCAUACCCAUCUUUGAAGAUUUCAAAUAAAGAUUCUUGGAUUUAGAAAUGAAACUCGAUCAAUAAAAGCGAGAAUCGAUUGAUUAAUUUGGCAACUUCAAACAAAGUCUUGAUAGCACUGAUAAUGAGAUCUAAAAAUUUUUAUAGUCUGUUAGAACUCUUGAGUAUUUCAAAAUCAAACUAGAAUAAGAUCUUCAAGAUAUUCAAAUAAAAAAUGACAAUUUCAAAUCCAGUGUUGAAUAAAUCAUUAAGCAAUUGUCCUCAGAUUUAACAGAAAGUACAAAAAAUUGGAAACUCACUGCUAUUGAAAUUGAACAAUCAUUUGGUAAAGUUGAUAAUAAGCAUUCUGAUCUAAUCAAUAUAGUUAAACAAGAGUAGGUUAAAUUAAAACAGAUCUAGGAUUCCAUUCUAGAUAUUAAUAAAAAAUAAACUCAAAACAUAAACACUUUCGAAGUGAUGGACACACGAUUAAUUAAAGCAGAUGUGUAGAUUACAACUUUGAAAAAACAAAUUCUAGAAGUAGACCAAUUGAUCAACAAAAAUAAAUAAGUCUAAAUGUUUCUUAUCUAUUAUUUGCCAAUGUACAUGCAGGCACAGAUCAGCGACUCCUUAUUCACUUGUCUACCUUUAAAGUUGUUUUAUAAAUUUACUUAAUUCGAAAAACAAAAAUUUGAUUAUCUAGACAAAUAACUAUUAGAGUAUAGCGGUGAUCCGAAUAUUCAAAUACUUAUAGAUGAAUACAGCAAAGCAUUGGCUGAGGUCAUGAAGAGAAACUCAAGAAUCAGUCAAAUGAUAUUUAUGAAUUAGAAAAAAGAAUAAAAGGACUCGCAUUCUUCAGAUUCUGAUAUGGAUAGUGAUAAUAGAAGUUAAAGAACAAACAUUCAACAUAGUAUCCAAAUUAGAUAGGAUUCCACUAACAAUCAUAGAAAAGAGAGUAUCUAUUCUAAGGAUGCCCAAUAGUCAGCCAUGAUGCAAUAAUAGAAAAAAAACUCUGUAUAAUCCAAUAAUUCCAAUUUAAUAUAUUACGAAGAUCAAAUCAAAUAAAUGAAAGAGUAAUUUUAAUAAGAAAUUGAUGAACUAAAAUAAUUGAAUAUUAAUAUCAAAAAGCAACUUGUCUAAAAUCAAAAGGAAACUAAUGAUUAAAUAUCCCUUAAUAUCUCAUAAUGCCAAAGUAACAAUUAAAAACUAUUAAAUUCAACUACUAAUUAAAUUAAAAAUUUAGAAGAAAACCUUAAGAAAGCAUUAAGUCAAGACAACUCAAAUCCAAAUGAUCUCGUCUUUGAGUAAGUCAAACAAUUUAAAAAGACCUUAUAAACAAUACUUCAUUUCUUAGUCCUAAUAACACAUUUGUUGAUUCAAGAUGAAAUUGACAGAUAAGGGAUUUAGCUUAUGGGAGCUAAGGACACUUAAAUUGAUGGAGGACUUGUUUAUACUGGCUAAAAUAAGAAAGGACCAUCGAUAUAAUUAAAUGGUGAAUGCCUUUCUUGUUCAGGUCAAUCUAUUUAAUUAUUAUAAUGCUUUAAACUAGCAUGUUUAGCAUAUCACCCAUCUGACAUAUUGGUUGAUGGAAAGUCAUUUAAAAGAGAUUAAUUAUUAGAAAUGUGCACAACUUUAUUGAGAUAGGCUAAAUAAGAAUUUUUAGAUUAAGAACAGAACACAUUAUAGCCUAAUACAUAGCCUAUAGCCUCUAGAUAACGAAGCUCCUCAAUUCCUAUAUCGCCUGGUCGACUUAAUUCGAAUUUUAAAUUUAAUAAAACUAGGAAAUUAGCCCCAAUGACCAACAUAUAAAAUUUGUGA